CUGAAUAAAAUGUAAAUAUUUGAAUUUUAAUGUGCUCUAAACCCAAGAAUAUUACACUUUCUAUAUAAAUAUAUUCUGUGCCACAGAGCCUCUUGUGACAAUAUGUCAAAAAGUGAAAUAGUUUCAGGGUUAUUCGUGAUUCGUGAAGCAGUAUAUUUUGGCUGAGCUUCUGAAGAAAAAAAUAGAUAUUUUUGUAUGUGAAGGUUAUACAAAACGUGUUAGAAUCAAUUGCUAGUGGAGACAUUGUGAGAAAAAUGAUGAAAAAGAAACACCAAGGAGACCCUAAUGAGCAUUCCACAGACAGUUGUGAUGAGAAUCAAAACAAUGUUGUGGAGUGCAUCCAUAUCAACAAGUCGAUAGAUCUUCAAAUGUUAAAAAGAACAAUAAUUAAACAAGGUUUUCUCAAAGAUUGUGAAGAAUGUAAGAAAAUACCUCAAAUCAAUCAGGAUGAUGAGAUGGAACUAGAGUAUGAUUUGAGUCUUUGGAUGUGUUUGAGGUGUGGACAUCAAGCUUGUGGUAGAGGAAAGAAUGGACAUGCUCUCAAACACUUUGAAACCCCUCAUUCAGAUGAACAUACUCUAUGUGUAAAUACCACCAUUUGGACUGUAUGGUGUUAUAAAUGUGAUGAUGAGGUGAAUAUCACCUGUAGAAGAAAACUGUUAGAAGCAGUUGAGUACUUACGUAAACACUUUGAAUCUUUAUACCAGAUCAAUAGACCAAAAUCCAUAAAUGCAUUGGAGAUAAUCCCACUUCAGGAAAGUCAGCCAUUAUUGAACGACCUAACUUCAAAGGCUACAAGUCUACCACGUGCCCGUGGACUAGCUAAUCUAGGUAACACAUGCUUUUUCAAUUCUGUGAUGCAAUGCUUAGGACAAACCCCAUAUUUGCUUGAACUUCUAAGCGAAGCAGAAAAUCCUGGGCAGCAUGUGAUCCUACCAGGUGGUAAAAUGGAUUCUGCUAAUAAGGAAUCUCCUGAGUUAACACCCAUAGAAGAAAUUUUCAAUAUGUUCGAAAAUAUCUCUAACGAAAAGCGACCCCCAGGAUCCACAGUACGCUUCAAGAAAUUUCCAAGUGAACUAGGAAAAUGGAAAGUUUUAACAAAUGUAUUAGCUGAUACACUUAGGGAACUGAAAAGUGGCAGAGCCGAAGUAUACACUCCUAGGUUAUUGCUCUCUAGGCUAACACAUCGAUUACCUCAAUUUGCAGGAGGUGAUCAACAUGAUGCUCAUGAACUUCUGCGGCAUUUAUUAGAUGCAGCUAGAGAAGAAGAUAUCAAGAGGUAUCAAGCACUCAUUUUAGAAAGUAAAGGUUUCAAAGAUGUCGAUCCAACAACUGUUAGUGAAGAAGAUAAAAAAAUGGUCAAGUUUUACGCCCAUCAAGCUGAAACACUCCUACCUAUCGAUCAAAUUUUCAGAGGAGUAUUAGUAAGCACUCUUCAGUGUCAGGAAUGCAGUCAUACUUCACAUAGAGAUGAAAACUUCUUAGAUAUAAGUUUGCCAAUUGUUGAGAAACCAUUGCCACCUAGAAGAAAAGCUGAUGAAAUAGAAGAGAAACCAUCUAAACAUCAGAUCAAAAAAGAAAAGAGGGCUGAAAGAAAAAAAAAUAAAGCACAUAAAUAUCAUAAAUUCCAAUUUAUCGGACCUUCACCUAACCCAGCUGAUGGAAACUUAUCUGAAAAUAAUAGUAAAAUGGAAAAGUCUGACAGUGAAUCUGAUGCUGAUAUUGAAGAUAAUGUGGAGGAGUCCACAUCUCUUGGUAAUCAAACCUUAGACGAUACAUUAAUCAAGGGUACAGAGUCUGGUUACAACUCUGAAAAAGUGUACACAAAUAGUAGUCCUGACUCCAAUGACCGAGGAAUGUCUCCUGUUACCAACGUAGAUGACAGUGGCAUUCCCAGUCCUUCAACUGGCAUUAUUAAUCUAUCGCCAUCAGGUGUGAACAAAAUGUUUUCAAAUAGCUUGCCUUCCAGUCCAUCAUCUAUUGGAACUAAUUAUGCUGAUAUGGGAAGUCCUAUCUAUGGGCACAAUAGUCCAAUUGAAGAAGACAAGCCAGAAGAUAUGGAGAGGCCAGAAUCAAGACUUUCAUUCAACAAUAAUAAUAACAACAAUAACCGAGGUAGUUAUUUGAAAGAUGGUUUGGAAAAACUAAACCUCAAUGAUGGAGAUUCUAAUAAGAUAAUUAAUUAUUUGUGCAAUGAUAAUAAUCAGACUACUUCCAACAAUGAGAGAAGUUUUAGUAAUGAUGAAGAAAAGAUGGAAGAAGAUGAUGAGCCACAAGAAGAUCCUAAUAUGUGGACAACCACUUUUUCGCAUAGGUAUCAAUGCACCGAAGGAGAAUGUUCCAUUCAAUCCUGCAUGAACCAAUUCACCACCUGGGAAUUUCUCAAUGGGUGCAAUAAAGUAACUUGUGAUGCAUGUACUGAAAGAUUGGGUGGCCCAGAAAAGAAAGUCCAAUAUAAUAACGCUACCAAGCAAUUGCUCAUCUACAAUCCACCAGCUGUUCUGAUAUUACAUCUUAAACGAUUCCAGGUUUUCAGGUUUCGAUCAGUGAAAUUAUCCAAAUACGUGAAUUUCCCUCUUGUCUUGGAUAUAGCCCCAUUUGUUAGCAAGAGAUCUAGAAGUUUACCAACAUUUCAAGAGGGUCAAAACAAAAUUCUUUAUUCCCUUUAUGGCGUAGUUGAACAUUCAGGAUCUAUCAAUGGGGGACACUAUGUAGCAUAUGUAAAAGUUAGACCACAACUGGAUAAGAAUAGUUACAGAUGGAAUUUUUUACCCAGGAAUCAAGCUGAAAAACUGGAAAAAAUCGCCCCUCCAGCUGAUCCUGAAGUUCCUAGUGGAAAGUGGUAUUAUAUAAGUGAUUCAUAUGUUUCGGAAGUGUCAGAGGAAAAAGUUCUAGGCACCCAAGCUUACCUCCUAUUUUAUGAACGUAUAUUGUAGAUCUCAUACUCUAUUCAUUUUUCGAUUUACAUAAUUUAUUUAUACCUAGAAUAUUUUAAUUACACUUUUAAAUCAAGAAUUUCCUCGAAGUUUGACAUGGUGGAAAUAUUGAAGGAGGUUUCAAAAUAUUUUCAUAUAGUUAAGUAUCUCAAGAAAUAAUGUGUAUCAAUGAACAAUGAAACUUCACUUUCUUGAAUUUUAGAAUUUUUAUUUGUGCAUGUAUUGAAUUUCUCCAUUUCUGGUGUUUUUAACAAUAAAUUCAUCAUGUUAAUAAUGA